AUGACGACUGAAUUUCCUCUUCUCCGUUUACCGUACCUCGUACUUAUGCCUGUCUUGGAACAAAUGGAGUUUAUGGAAAGAAUUGCACUCUCUCUUCUCUCCAAACGAUCCCGAAUGUUUUUGAAACUUAUCGAAAUGAAGAGUAAAUAUAUCAAUUUGAUACUGAUGGAUAAUAGAAUCGAGAUGGGAGUGUGUUGUGAUAACAAUCAAGAGUGGAGACUGUUACAUUAUAUAGAUGAAUAUCCACAAAGAAACUUUGUAUAUCGAGAUGAAAUAUUAAUUUCAUGGUGCCCCGGUAGUCCACUUAAAGUGGACUAUGUCAUUUCAAUUAUGGACGUCAUGCAUUGCAAGUCAAUCAAUCAGUUUAUAGUCGAAGACAUUUCUGAACACGAUAGUAUCCCAAUCGUUGCAAAACUUCCAAAAAUUGAUGAAGUCGUUGUUGAAUACGAUUUGUGCUCUAACGUCCUUUCUGAUGAAGCAUUACUUCAAAAAGAAAGAAUACUUCUCAAAAUUCUAAAAUCUGUUUUGCCAGUGUCUUCUGCAGUCACUGUUUCCUAUCGCUUUCAAAACCGCAACCACCUCCUAGAAAUUCUCAAAGGGAAUUUUGACGCCGUGAUUUUGAAACAUUUUGACAAGUUGAUUACUCUCAAUGAUUUGUGCAUUACGAACACUAAGGUACUUGAGCUUCAUAAGGUAACGCUUGAAAUAAGAGACCUGAAUCGCUAUUUCAAGUUGUGGACAAAGAAAAUAUGUAAUGAUCGACUGGAAUACUUGGAAGUGAGAACAUACAGCAAUACCAGUAUGGAUCUACUUUUGGACGGACUUAACGCUGUUCCAGUUCCAAUUGAAACAAAGAGAGAGUUUCGGGUAUUGGGAAACGUAAAAGAGAUGCGUUGGGAUGAAGAGAUUACCGCCGAAUUUGAUAUAAAGAGAGCCGACGGGAGAACUGCAACAAUCAGAUUUGGAAAAUCCGAUGUAGAUAACUACAUUCACUUCUACGUUUGGCCAGAAUCUACUAAUCAUACAAUUAAUCUUGAGCCAAAUCAGUUUUCACUUUCUCUGUUUUCUACUAUUUGCAAUUCAUGUGUUGAACUUUUUGAACGAACGUUUUUAUGA